ACAACUCCGCCAUGAGUAAAUUAAAUGACGCAUACUCGCUUGCAUCAGCGUGGUUAGACUGUACUUACCGGCAAAAGUUGUCUUAUCUGCCACUCCCGUAUAUAAUACACAUCUCCGCGGCCAGGUGGAAGAUAGUAGAGAGCAAGCAGCCGCGAUGAAACUCUUUGUGAGCGAAGGCAACCCGCAUUGUCUUAAAGUGUUAGCUGCUUUAGAAGCAGCUGGAGUGCAGUGUGACGUCCAGUUUGUCAGUCACGAAGACAACCCUGUGCCCUUCCUGAGCCGCCCAUCUUUGCCAGCACUGCUCCUCUCUAAUGGAGAGCAUCUUUUCAGCCCCAAUGCCAUAUGCCGGUACAUGUUUGAGGUGAGCGGACAGGAGUGCAAUGAGCUUUGCGAUCAGUGGCUGGAAUGGGAGGCCACAAAUCUCCAACCCGCUCUUCUACAGACCCUAUACAUGGCAGUUCUUCAGGGAAAAGUAUAUGAGGCUCCCAAGGUCCUCAUGGGGCCUCUCAGCUACUUGGACCAAAGCUUGAACAAGGCCACCACACCUUACUUAACUGGGGAUGUUCCUUCAGUUGGUGAUUUUGUUUUGUGGGCUGCACUGCAUCCGAUUUUAUCUGAAUCAUCUCUAGAUAUAGAUGAACACAAGUCUCUGAGGGUUUGGUUUGACCGUGUGGCUGCCUCACAGGCCUGCCUGUCAGCAGCCCAAAAAGUGCUGCAGGGAAAAGGCUUGCUGGCUAUGAGGAGUUUCAUGCAGAGGCAGCCUGCCCCUCAGAGCGGCCCAUGCAGCGGCACGCAGCCAUGCAACAGCAGGACUGCUGAGGAUGACGAAGGAGAGCGUGUGGUAUCAAAAGAAGAGAUGGAGGCGGCUGCUAUGACAUGGAGCAAAAAUCCAAACAUCUUUCAGUCAACUACAGACAGAGUGCACCCUAUUCUGCCACAGAAGGGCCAGCGAAACAUCCUGUUGACGAGUGCCUUGCCCUACGUUAACAAUGUGCCUCACUUGGGAAACAUCAUUGGCUGUGUCCUCAGCGCUGACGUCUUCUCCAGGUACGGCCGUAUGCGAGGCUGGAACAUGUUGUUUGUGUGUGGCACAGACGAGUAUGGCACCGCCACAGAAAACAAAGCCAGAGAGGAAGGCCUGACGCCGCAGCAGAUUUGCGACAAGUACCAUGUCCUUCAUGCCAGCAUCUACGAGUGGUUCCAGAUAGACUUUGACUUCUUUGGAAGGACCACCACAGAGAAGCAGACAGAGAUAUCCCAGAACAUUUUCUGGAGGCUCCACAAGAAUGGCUUCCUAUUGGAAGACACGGUGGAGCAGCUCCGUUGCGAGACCUGUCAGCGUUUUCUGGCUGACCGCUUUGUUGAAGGCACUUGCCCAAACUGCAAUUACCCAGACGCUCGUGGUGACCAGUGUGACAAAUGUGGGCGGCUCAUCAAUGCAGUGGAACUCAAGGCACCUCACUGCAAAGUGUGCAGUCAGACUCCAGUCAUCCGUUCCUCCAAACAUCUUUUCCUGGACCUGCCAAAAUUAGAGGCUCAGCUGGAGCAGUGGCUACAGAAGUCCACCAGCACCGGAGACUGGACCUCCAAUGCCAAACAGAUCACUCAAUCCUGGCUAAGAGAUGGACUUAAACCACGCUGCAUCACCAGAGACCUGAAAUGGGGAACGCCGGUACCUCACCCUGACUUCAAAGAAAAGGUGUUCUAUGUGUGGUUUGAUGCCCCUAUUGGUUAUCUUUCAAUCACUGCCAACUACACUGACAAAUGGGAAAUGUGGUGGAAGAAUCCAGAUCAGGUGGAGCUGUACAAUUUCAUGGCCAAAGACAAUGUGCCGUUCCACAGUGUGGUGUUUCCCUGCUCCCUUCUGGGAGCUCAGGAUGGCUUUACACUGGUCAACCACCUGAUUGCCACUGAAUAUCUGAAUUAUGAAGACACAAAGUUCUCCAAGAGCCGUGGUGUUGGCGUGUUUGGCGACAUGGCCAAGGACACCGGUAUCCCGUCUGACGUGUGGCGCUUCUACCUGCUCUAUGUGCGUCCAGAAGGACAGGAUUCCACCUUCUCCUGGGCAGACAUGGCUACGAAAAACAACUCGGAACUGCUCAAUAACCUGGGCAACUUCAUUAACAGAGGCGGCAUGUUUGUUUCUAAGUUCUUUGAUGGCUCUGUGCCUGUGAUGGAGCUGCUGCAGGAAGAUAAGAAGCUCUUGGCUUUAGUGGGCUGGGAGCUCCAGCAGUACAUCCAGCUCAUGGACAAAGUCAAAAUUCGUGAUGCUCUGAAACACAUCCUCAACAUUUCUCGCCAUGGCAACCAGUACAUUCAAGUCAAUGAACCCUGGAAGAAGAUCAAGGGAGGAGAUGCAGAACGGCAGCGUGCAGGCACUGUCACUGGUGUGACCGUCAACAUCGCUUGUCUGCUGUCAGUUAUGCUGCUGCCCUACAUGCCAGCAGUCAGCCAGACCAUCAGGGAUCAACUGAAUGCCCCUCAAUCCUGCGUCAACACCAUGUUGCAAGGCACCGGUACCUUUGCAUGCGUGCUGGGCGUGGGCCACCGCAUUGGAACCGUUAGUCCAUUGUUCCAGAAACUGGAGGUGGAGCAGAUUGAGGCUUUGAAGAAGAGAUUUGGGGGACAGCAGCCUGAAGAUGAACCAGCAAAAAAGAAGACAGCGUCUCAAAGCGCUGCCAGCACACCCGCUCUCGCUGCCGCAGAUGUCGAGGUGGCUGCAGUCAACGCAGCGGACCCGGAAAAAGCCAGGCAGCUGACGCAGGCCGUGGCGGAGCAGGGCGAGAAGGUGCGAGCCCUUAAAGCGCAGAAGGCGGACAAGGCGGCGGUCACGGCUGAAGUGGCCAAACUGUUGGAGCUGAAGAAGCAGCUGGUCUUGUCCGAGGGGAAAAGCCCCGAGCCCGCGCUCGUCAAGGCCAAAAAGAAAUGAGACGCAGAAAAGUUCCAAACGGUGUGAGGUUAGUGGUAGGAGGGGGGAAGUGGCUUUGAGGUGCGGUACUGGAGGAAAAGGAACAUGAUGUAGACGGCGAGAUGAGGGUGUUAGCCAAAGGCAAAGCUGUGACGGGAUCUAAGACAACAUGGUGCUGGCACUGAGGGGUAAUGGAAUGCUGGUGAGGCCGGCGGGGAAAUGAAAACACACAAAGGGAGUCAAAUGAAUUCUGCUAAAGAAUGGAGGGAUUUGGAAAAAUCCCUCCACCAAGAGAAACUGAUUUUAUACUCUAGCUGUAAUAAUGGCCUCCGAAUGUGCUCUGUGCAUUUGAUUUUUUUUUAAAUAUAGUUUUAACUAUCAACAAUCAACACUUAUGAUUCAACUCUUUUCCUAUUUUCUGCAAAUACAUUUUUACCAAAUAAAUCAUGCAUUAACAAGUCAAUAAACAAGGUUUAAAAAAAAAGUAUUCUGUUUAUUGCAAAUGUGUGAGUACAUUGACAAAAAAAGGAAACCCUUUAAGUAAAUUCCAGUAAUAAAUCAUGCAAAUUCAUUGAAUAGAAAAUUUUGGGGACUUUAGUAAGAAAAGUAGACAAAUGGGACAGUACAAAUGUGUACAGUAACCUAGUUAUUACAGUUUUACAAAAAUAGCGAGUGGAGAUAAACCACCAGUAAAUACAAAAGCUGCUCUAUCUAAAUACACGUACAGUCACCUGUGAUUACAAAAUGUUUUCCAUAAAAAUAGUAAUACUCACAAAAUGAAAACUUCCUGAGCUCCUUCGCUCUGCGCAUAUUGGGACAAAUAAUCUCUGAUUGCAGCCCUUUUAAAAGAGGAGUUACAAUGAAUUGCAAUAAUGAAUCAAUCACUUCCUCUUCUUUGUCACAUGCUGUGUCUUUCUUCUUGUUUUCUCAUCACAUUCUUCAGCCUUUCAAACAUCUUUGGUUUUCCAUACUUUCCAGUCUUACGGAGCAUUUCUUACACACUUUAUUCUCGCCUUGGCUUCACUUCCUGGUGUUGACAAGUCUCUCGAUGAGCGCGCGACGCGUCCGCUGCACCUCUUCUCCCAACCUCUCGAUCUCGGCCUUCAGACGCUCGUUCUGCUCGGUCAACUCCUGCACUUUCCUCUCAUUCUCUUGCUCCCUCUCCUUGCGACUCUUCUUGGCGGACAAAUAUGACGAGGACGUACGCUGCGCCGAGCUGCCCGGGGACAACUGGGCAUCGUCGUUGCCGGCGCUCCUCUUGCGCUUGCCGUGGCGGGAGGGCGAGUAGAUGGACGGGGACGAGACGAACGACGACGGGGACGAGCAGCGCUGGGAAGGCGACUCUGAGGCGGACGAGGAGGAGCAGGAUGGAGAAUCCGGAACGCAGGGCGACUCUUCCUCGCUGGCGGAUGGAGACGCUGGGUACGCACUGUUAGCCUGGUGAUGAUGGUAAUAAUAACCGCUGCUAAUCACUGCCCCGCUUGAAUCUAC